AUGGCAACACAGACAUUGGUUUUGCUUUAUAAAUUGUCCUUUUAUAAACGGAAAAACUUUUUGGCUCGCGGCCGCCCAACUCGCGGGCGGCACGCAAGAGCCAAAACAGGGGGGUGGGCCCUUGCCAUCAUCUUCUACCUUCUCAAUCCAAAAUCCAAAACCAAUCUCCCACCAGGCCCAAAACCGCUCCCUAUCGUCGGCAACCUCUUCAUCCUCGGCGACAAGCCUCACCGUUCUCUAGCUCAGCUAGCCAAAUCCUACGGCCCAAUCAUCUCUCUCAAGCUUGGCCAAGUCACGACCAUCGUGGUCUCCUCCCCCGACCUCGCUCGCGAAGUCCUAGUCAAAAAGGACCAAUCCUUCUGUUCUCGGUCCAUACCCGACGCCGUACGAAUCGUCGGCCACUAUGACGGAUCUCCAGUUUGGUUGCCAGCAAACCAAAAAUGGAAGAAUCUCCGAAUAAUUUGCAGAAGUCAGUUGUUUACUUCACAAAGGCUGGAUUCCAACAUUGCCCUCAGGCACAAAAAAGUGCGGGAGUUGGUCGAGUAUUUGAGGGAACGUGGCGAGGCAAAAGAAGCGGUGGACAUUGGUCGAGUUGUGUUCACGGCGGUGAUGAACUCGUUGACGAAUACCCUGUUCUCGAUCGACAUGGUUGAUCCUCGGUCGGACUCUGCGCAGGAGUUUCGGGAUUUGGUGUGGGGGAUUAUGGAAGUAGUCGGGAGUGCGAACGUUUCGGACUUUUUCCCGUUGGUGAGGGAGUUGGAUUUGCAAGGGAAGAGGAGGAGGACUGAGGGGUAUUUUAGGAAGUUGCAUAGGAUCUUUGAUGAGCUCAUAGAUCGGAAGUUGAAGGAGAUUGAACUUGGAAAUGAGACUGAUAAGGACUUUUUGGAUGCCCUGCUCAAUGGUCAGAACAAGCUCGAUCGAUACGAUAUUAAGCCGCUGCUCGUGGUAACGACUUCUAAUUUCCCUAGUGCUUGUGACCUGAAGGAUGUGUUUGUAGCGGGUACCGAUACAAACUCCAACACAGUCGAAUGGGCGAUGGCGGAGCUCCUCCGCAGCCCCGACAUAAUGGCAAAGGCACGAGCAGAGCUUCUCGAAUCCUUUGACAAAGAGUCAGAACUCGAUGAAUUAGACAUCUUGAGUCUUCCCUAUCUUCAAGCAAUCGUAAAAGAGACACUCCGCCUACAUCCUCCGGCCCCUUUCCUACUCCCACGGCAAAACGAAACCAACACUGAAUUGUUCGGAUACAGCAUACCUAAGCACAGUCGAAUACUAGUAAACGCCUGGGCUAUCGGGAGACACGAGAGCGUGUGGAAAGAUCCGGAUAUAUUUAUGCCGGAGAGAUUCUUGGAGAGCGAUGUGGAUUAUAAAGGGCGAGAUUUCGAGUUGAUACCGUUCGGAGCAGGGCGGAGGAUUUGCCCGGGGUUGCCGUUGGCGCUUAGGAUUGUUCAUCUGAUGCUGGCUUCUUUGUUGUUCUAUUUCAAGUGGGAGUUGGUUGAUGGGAUGAGAGCUGAGGAUGUGGAUUUGAGAGAAAAAUUUGGGGUUACUCUCGCUUUGGCAAAUCCUGUCCGGGCUAUACCCGUUCCUGAUAAGUGAUAUAUGAGAAGUUUUAACUCUUGUGUGUUUCCAAUAAUGUUGUUUCAGAGAUUGAAUUAUGCAAGUUCUUGCAUUAAAGUUUCCAAUUUCAUGUGUAUCCUUAAAAAAAUUGUUAAAAUUAAAUGUAUGCAGAAAUUAAUGAUGUAAGUUUGAUCUAUAGUACCAAAUUCACCUGGCAUAUCAACA